AUGUUGCUGCCCAGUGCAGUCGCCAGCGCAGCGGCCGCGCGUGGGGAGUCAUGGCUGCUCAUGGCACAGACGUGUGGCUAUGCCGCACUGUUCGCGUUGGCUCACGUCGCUUUACGCCCCAUCGUCAGAAUGACAGCGAUCGAGCCAAAAUUCCGCGGUGAUUGGAUCAAUCGACUUGUGGCUUCUGGGCACGCAACAAUCAGUGGUGUGUUCGGCGCGCGGAUGUUGAUGGAGGCGCCUUUCUUUGCCAUAUUUCAACAGGUUGUGAGAUAUACUCCGACCGACACAGUUCACGCUGAUUCCGAGGCAUUUGGGUUAAUGUUGCCAUUCACGCUCGGAUAUUUUGCUUACGAUUGCGUCAUCAUGGCCAUUGACAACGAGGUGUAUUCACCGCUGAUGGUUGUUCAUCACGCGGUGUCAUUGGUGGUUUGGCCGAUUAGCUUUCUCAGCAGGGCCGGGAAUGUUUACAUAGCGUAUUUCUUGUCUACCGAACUCUCCACGCCGCUCCUGCACAUGACGGUGUUCUUCCUGCCGAAGCACCGCAUUGAAGGAUUCCUGCCGACAGCUGUGGGUGUGUCGCUGCUCCUGGCCUUCUUCCUCCUCCGCGUCCUCCCGAGCCCCAUGCUGCUCUACUCCCUGUAUGCGUCCCGGCCGUACUGGGGCGAUGUCAGUCCGAUAGUCAUGCGGCGCGGCAAGAGGAGCGACGCAGCGAUUGAGACCAGGCGCAAGGCCCUCCAGUUCAAGCACGACUUGAGGGAGGCAGGCAACAGGCUUCGCGACCUCGCGCACAUCGAGGACCAUCCUUCGGAGAACUCCUCAGACGUUGUCGAGAGAACGCAGAAGGAAGUCCUAGGCCGGAUCACGGACCUCGAGCGUACGAGGCAGGAGAUAGCUGAGAGCAGGGAGGAGCUCGCCGAGAGACACGCUGUCAAGCAUGGACGAGCAGGUCUCGUCGACACGAAGGGGAUUGGCAAGCCCACGACGAUGGGCGACGAUCAAGAGAAGUUCGGGGCUUGGAAUCGCAAGAUGGAGAACUACGUGAUAGGCGUGUACGGAGAGAGCUUCCGUCCCGUUCUUCGGUGGGCUGCAGAAGCCGAACGCCCCGUGACGAUCGAGGGGGCACAGGCGGCGCACGACGGAGUACCAGAGCUGGAGACCAAGGUCAACCAGCUGUACGCGGCGCUGAUCAGCACGACGGCGGACGGCAGCGAGAGCAACGACCUCGUGACGGGCGCCCCCGAUGGGAACGGUCUCGAAGCCUGGCGGAAGCUCCACCGCAGGUGGGAUCCGACGACAGGUCCGAGGAAGAGGCUGAUCCUGAGGUCGAUCAUCUCGCCUCCGAAGUGCAGCGCGGACGAGCUGGGAUCAGCCUUAGAGAAGUGGAUCCAGCAGAUAGGCAGGUACGAACGCCGCCAAGGAGAAGAUGGUCUAGCCGAGCUGCCGGAGGAUAUCAAGAUGGCGGCCCUCGAGAUGCUCGUGCCUCAGGACAUCGAGAACCACCUCGUCCUCAACAAGCAUCGGCUCGUCACGUUCCAGGACAGUCUGAACGAGGUGAUGACGAUCGUGGAGGCUCGGACCGGCGUGAAGAUCAAGGAGCCAUCGAUCCGUGCGCGGGCACAUCAUCCGGACGACAUGGACGUCGGGUCAUUCGGAGCCCCGAAGGGCAAAGGCAAAGGCAAGGGCAAGGACGGCAAGAGCAAAGGGAAAGGCAAGACUCAGGAGCCGAAGGGGAAGAGCAAAUCGACGAACGGAUCAUACUCAGGGCACACGGCACCUCGAAGCACCAGCGGGCGCUUCGACGGCUACUGUCGGAACUGCGAGAGAUGGGGCCACAAGGCAUCCGACUGCUGGAAGAGAGAGCAGGGAUCGAGUACGAGGGCUGGAACUGGAUCCGCAACGGGGGCAAGCGCUGGUGGUAAAGUCGGUAGCCGCGGUGGCAAGGCCGGCGGCAAGGCGGCAGGCAGCCUGGAGGAGGAGCCUGAAGCGGAGGUCGCCGCUCUGGACAUGGGCAGCCUGGACUGCCUGGAGCUCGCCAGCGGCAGCGGCCGCGGCGUAGCGGCGGUCGAUCUCUCCCCCUUCGCGCAGGACGACUGGAUGAAGUUCAACUGGGACAGCGGUGCAGCUAUCUCAGCAUUCCCUCGAAGCUUCGCGUCGCCGACGGGAAUGAAGGGCAACGGCAGCACGUAUCGCACGGCCAGUGGUGAGCUCGUCCCGGACGAGGGCAGCUUGCAGCUCAAGGCGGAGGACGAGUACGGAGUGCUACGAGCGCUCAAGGGACGCGUGACGAACGUGCACAAGCCGUUGAUCUCGGUGGGGCAGGCAGCAGGAGCUGGACAGUGUUCAUUCCUGGGCCGCAAUGGCGGCUGGAUAUUCCACGAGAAGAGCCCAAUCGGCAAGCGCGUGGUAGGCAUGCUCGAGAAGGAGGCGAAGGCGGCGAAGCACCAGAUGCUGCCGGUCUAUCGCGAGCAGGGUGUCUACAACUUCUACCUCAAGAAGGGCCAACAUGGCUCGGUUGCUCCUCUCGAGGAGGGACUUUCGGCAAAGUCAAAGUCCGAGCUGGUGGAGCUCCUCAGCGGCAAGUCGAAGGAGGAGCUGCUGGAGAUCCUCGAGAAGACACCAGCGGCAGCUGCUGCGGCCGACGCUUUGCCAGCUGCUCCUGAUGGACAGCAGGCCGACGAGGGCGAGGAGGAGGCUCGCCCGAGAGUGCUGAAGGCACCUCAUGAGCCCUCUCAGAGGGAGAUCGCUGAACACGAGGCGAUGGGACACGCGACUUAUCGCAGCUGGCGUCGCGUGUGCAUCGCGGCAAAGGGCCAAGGCCAGCCGCAUCUCCGCGCACCGGAGGACGACGAGACAGCGGUGCCGGUGGUCUCGUCCGACUACGCCUUCAUGGGCCAGGACGACGCGGACACCAUGCCGAUGCUGGUCCUUAGGGAUCGGCGCUCGAAGAUGAUGGCAGCGACAUUCGUGGAGAAGAAGGGCGACGACGCCUACGCCAUCAAGUUCUUCGCACGCUUCUUGCGGAUCCUGGGCUACAGGAAGAUCGCCAACAAGUCCGACGGCGAGCCAGCGAUCCUGCUGGUCAAGAGGCGCGCGGUGGAGGAGGUUCCUGGCCUCGAGGCCAUUCCCCAGGAAUCGGCACCGGCCGAUCAUCAGGCCAAUGGGGAGAUCGAGGUCACGGUGCGCGAGAUCAAGAAGCAGGUGCGGGCGCUCAAGAUGGACCUGGAGUCCAAGCUGGGCGUCAAGGUGGAGGACAAGCACCCGGUGCUAGCGCACCUGCCGGAGCACGCCGCAUCGGUAAUCAACCGAUACCGGCGCGGCCAGGAUGGCAAGACCGCUCUUCAGCGGCUCACGGGACGGCAGUGGAGGAAGCCGGUCCCGCUCUUCGGCGAGCGCUUGAUGGCGCGGUUCGCCGGGGAGCGCGCGAGGAAGAACGCGCUGGAGGAGCAGAUGGUGGAGGCUCGCUACAUCGGCCACCACCCGCGCGACGGCUCGAUGAUGGUCAUCACGAGCGACGGCGUGAAGAAGGCGGUCGGCUUUCGCAGCCUGCCGCAGAGCGAGAAGUGGAUCACGGCGGGCUGGGAUGGCCUGAAGGGCCUGCCGUGGGACGUGGCUCCGCGUGCGGCAAGCGCGCCGCGGGCCAUCGUCGGACCUGGAGAGGUCGGUCCGCCACCAAUUGUGGUGGUGUCGCCGCAGCCGCAGGCGCCGAGGAGGAUGUACGUCCUCAAGGCGGACAUCGAGCGGCUGGGCGCAACGCCGGGAUGCCCAGGGUGCGUCUCGAUCGCCAAGCACGGCCGGGUGCUGGCUGGCCACGCGCACAACGCGGUGUGCAGCAAGAGGAUCUUCGAAGCGCUGGACGCGGAGGAGGCAGGCCGGGAGAGGACCGGCCAGUAUCGAGAGCGGAGGCAGGGCCAAGAGGCCAGAGUCCGACCGGCGGCAGCGGCCGCGGCAGGGACCCCUCCGCCGAAGACGGCUCGGAGGAUCACCGAGCCGGUGGCAGCGGCGGCAGCGGCAUCGGCCGCGCCGGCCGCGACCCGAUCGGCAGCAGCGCCAGCCGUGGCAGCCACAGCGGCGCGCAUGCGAGAGAGCCAGCCGGUAGCACCGGGCUUCGGCGUGGCGGCUCCUUCAGGAGGAGCGAGCUCCAGUUCGGGAGCGGCGCGAGCGGCAGAGGCCGCCGCGGAUGUCGACAUGACCGCGGCCAGGUCGCGGCUGAAGCGCUUGGCAGAGGUGGCCCCGGAUGACGUGCCGGAGGCCCUCGAGCGCGGUGAUCCACAGCCGGCAGACGUGCCGGUACCGGUGGACAUGGAGGAUCUCGCGGCGCAGCCGGCGCCAGCGGAAGGACCUCAGCUGCCAGCUGGAGUGGCAGUCGUGUGGAACGCCAGUGAGGGGAGGCACAUGCGGGUGCUCGCCCUCGAUGUGGCGUCGAUCGAGCUGGUUGAGCUCGGAGUGCUGACGAGAGCGAAGGCGGAGUUGCUCCCGCUCGUUCGCGAACAGGUCAGCGGCCAUUGGGCCAGCGCCGGCGUGGACAUCGCCGACGAAGAGGUGGACAGCAUCGCCCUAUCGGCGUUGCAGCUGGGCGCCGUGGACGUGGCCGAGGUGCACUCGCCACAUCGGUUCUCGGCUCGGGCAGCGGAAUUUCAGCUGCGCCCGGGCUUCGCGGCGGACCUGGAGGAACUCAAGGAGGACGGGGCGCCGUGGGACUUGCGGCGCCCCGAGGAUGUCAAGGAGCUCGAGAGGCAGCAGGAGCGGAUGGAUCCCAUCCUGCUCACGGGGCCCCCUCCAUGCGAGAAGUUCAGCUUGCUGAGGGGCCUGAGCGCCAAGUUCAGGACCGAUGAGCAGGAGGCGGCUGAGAUGGAGGAGGCCAGACACCACCUGAAGGUGGCAGUCGACGCCUACUGGCGUCAGCUCAGGAAGCCAGGCAGGUACUUCCUGCAUGAGCAUCCCUGGAGCGCGCGAUCGUGGAAUGAGGACAUCGUCAAGGAGCUGGUCGCGCAUCCAGGAGUCUUCACGGUCAAAGGCCCCAUGUGUCGGUGGGGCAUGAAGCUCACGAACCCACGCAGUGGCCAGGAGGAGUUCGUGCGCAAGGAGACCGGAUGGGUCACCAACCAUCCAGGCUUAGCCCGGAGGCUGCAGGGCACUUGCAGCAAUGUGGACGGCCGCGCGGAAUGGCAUCGCCACAUCACGCUCGUGGGCGGCAUCGCGCGGUUCGCGAAGGUCUAUCCACCGAAGUUGGUGGAGGCGGUGCUGGAGGAGCUCAAGGACACGCUGAAUGACGUGGGAGAGCUCAGCACCGCCCAGGUGCAGCAGUCGGGCCCAGUCCCUGUGGACGCGGCAGUGCCGCCCGGGGACUGGACGAGUUACUGGGACGACGUCAAUGGCGGCUACCUGGAGGCGGGCCUUGUGACCCAGGCUCGCGCGGUCGAGCGCGAGUGGGUCAAGAAGCAGGAGCUGAUCGAGAUCGUCCCGAGGUCUCAGGCUUUCGCCGAGACUGGGCCACCGCUCCACAUUCAGGAGUCGCUUCGCAAGAAGGGCAGGAAGCCGGGCAACUUCAAGAUCGGCUUCUUCGACAUCAGCAGGGCGCACUUCUACGGGAAGGCGCAGCGGAGAAUCUUCGUGGAGCUGGAGGAGGAGAGUCGCAAGGAGUACGGCGAGGACAAGUGCGGCCUACUCCUCAAGUCCUGGUACGGCACGCAGGACGCCAGCAAGAUCUGGCAGGGCGACUACACGGAGCUGCUGGAGGAAAACGGAUACAAGGCAGGCGCGUCGUGCCCAGCGGUCUUCUACAAGGAGGUGGACGAGACGAGGCUGCUGGGGCACGGCGACGAUUUCGCGGUGCUAGCUCAGCAGCAGGACAUCGACAGCUUCGAGGCCACGCUGGGCAAGAAGUACGAGUUCAAGAAGACUGCGAACCUGGGCUUCGACGAGGGCGAUGACAAGCAGGCGGUCUUCCUGAAUCGGGUCAUCGAGGUCAGUGCGGGAGUUCCGCCUGGCGGUGGCCGGCCCUGCCGGCAUGCGAUGAUCGAGCCGGACAAGCGGCACGCGGAGAUCGUGAUCGACGAGUUGGGUCUCAGCAAGGCCAACGGCGUGGACACGCCGACGGAGAAGCGCAGCGCCGACAAGCAGAUGAUGGAUGCGAAGUCGGCGGCGUUGGGAGCAGCGGAAGCUUCGCGCUUCCGAUCCCUCACCAUGAGGGUGGCCUACCUGUCUCAGGACAGGCUGGACUUGGCCGAGGCAUCGAAGACACUCGCCAGGUCCAUGCAGACGCCAACGGAGGCGAGCUGGCUCAUGCUCAAGAGGGUUGGCCGCUACCUCAAGCGGCAUCCUAGCACGGUGACGGUUUUCACGGAGCAGAAGACGUUCGACAAGAUCCGGGUGUACGUGGACUCCGAUCAUGCAGGCUGUGCAGUCACGCGGAAGAGCACAGGAGGCUUCGUGGCGAUGCUAGGGCAUCAUGUAGUCAAGCACGGCAGCAACCUGCAGUCGACGGUUUCAUUGAGCAGCGGGGAGAGCGAGUACUACGCCCUGGUAAAGGGCGGGAGCGUGGGCCUAGGCCUUCACAGCCUCUUCGCGGACUGGGGGCUGGACCUGAAGGUGGAGCUCGCCUCGGAUUCAUCGGCGGCCCGGGGCCACGUCCAACGGCGAGGUCUCGGGAAGAUGCGACAUGUUCAAUCACGGUACUUGUGGAUCCAGGAGCGUGUUGGCAAGGGCGACAUCUCGAUCGCUGCGGUUCCUGGCAAGAACAAUGUCGCGGACGUGCUGACCAAGAGCGUGGGUGGAUCCCUUUUGAGGAGACACAUGGCGACGCUGAACAUCUGGGAUCGGGCACCGAGUUCGACUCAGAAGGACUUCAAGUGA